CUCCCAACAAUAGAACUGACAGGUCAUAACCAGUCAUAGAAAAGUUAUGUGGUCACAUGAUGGACAGGGCUGUAUUAAGUGUGCUUUUUGGUUGGGAGGAUGAUUGAACCCUCUCCUCUGUCCGGAUGUGAAAGAAUAACCCGCUUGCUAAUCCAGACUCUUCCUCAGGAGACGUGCAAGGAGCUCAUCUAAAAUCACGAUGUCUGAAGAAGAAGUAGUCGAGGAGAUGCUGGAGGAGGAGGAAGAAACCCAGCAAGAGGAAGAAGGAGCCGCACCUGAAGUAGAAGAGCCUCCUGCUGCAGAUGAAGAGGCUGCAGGGGAAGAGCCUGCAGAGGAAGAGUCUCCGGCUGCAGAUGAAGAUGACUCCAAACCCAAACCAAAGGCCUUUGCUCCACCUUUAUCUGUGCCAAAGAUACCAGAGGGGGAAAAAGUCGACUUUGAUGACAUCCACAGGAAGCGUCAGGAGAAGGAUCUGACCGAGCUGCAGUCCCUGAUCGAGGCCCACUUCAUCCAGAGGAAGAACGACGAGGCGGAGCUUGUCGCUCUCGUCAACAGGAUCGAGAAGCGUCGCGCCGAGAGGGCUGAGCAGCAGAGGAUCCGCACUGAGCAGGAGAAGGAGAGGCAGGCUCGUCUGGCUGAAGAAAAGGAGCGGAGGGAGCAGGAGGAAGCGCGGAAGAGGCAAGACGAGGACGCCAAGAAGAAGAAGGCCCUGACGAACAGGACUCAGCAGUACGGCGGCGUCCAGCAGAGGCAAGACGGGAAGAAGGGAGCGAAGAAGCAGACAGAGAGGGAGAAGAAAAAGAAGAUCCUGGCAGACAGGAGGAAGCCUCUCAACAUCGAACAUCUCAGCGAGGACAAAGUGAAGGAGAAGGCCAAUGAGCUGUGGCAGUGGCUGUUGACACUGGAGGCUGAGAAGUUUGACCUCAGCGAGAAACUGAAGAGACAGAAAUAUGAUAUCAAUCUGCUCAUGGCUCGUGUUCAGGCCCACCAGAGCGCCAAAGGAAGAGGCAAGGCCAAGGGCAGGGUGAGAUAGAGGCAAACAUCGGCAGGAGCUCUGCAAGGAAGCGUCUGAAAAUGAGCAGCAGUAUCGACCUCAAUGAUAGAAACGUACAUUUAAACGAUGGAAUAGCAGUAGAACAGCUGGUUGUAGACAAACAAUUAAAAGAACUUGUGAUUUUGA